AUGGGCAAACGUCACAACAGAAAACGGACCAGAAGUCGGCCUCGGAACCGCGACAACAACAACAACAACAAUACAGCAGCACAACUCAAAACCCAUACUCGAAGCGAAUCUGUCAGCACCACCUCUUCAACUCUCUCAGCAACAAGCUCCUGCUUCCAACCCCAAGGCUUCCCCCUUGCAAACCUGUCCUGGCAGCAAACCUACAACGCCGCAUGGCAAAACCGACUUCGGAUCCAGCAGGAGCAGCAGCAGGAGCAGGAACUCGAGACCCAGCGGUUACGCAUCUUUGGUGGACUACCCGAGGAUGAGCGAUGUCUGAUGGAGCCGAUGCUAAAAGUGGUAACGGAUCUCUUCGAUGGCUUCUUCGAUUAUGAAGACCCGUGA